CACACUCACACACACACACACACACACACACACACACACACACACACACACACACACACACACACACACACACACACACACACACACACACACACACACACACACACACACAUCCGCAGAGCACCAAAUCUCCUCGUUCCAACACAGACCACCUCACUGCGUGAUGGAGAUCGGGAUGGGGGCCUCGGGGAUGGGGGAGGGGAUGGUGCUGGUGGUGCAGAAGAGGUCUGCUCUAAGCUGGAUGUGGAGGGUGUGCGUGGCCACCUUCAUCCUAGCGCUGUGUGUGUCCGGAGCUCUUGUCCUCACUCACUACCUGAUGGGUCAUCCCAGGGUCUCGGUCUCCCCUGAAGAGCAAGUCGUCAUGGAGACAGAGCGUCCUCAGCUGUCUCUGAAGCGCCUUGGCAGCCGGUCCAAACCCGCCGUUCACCUGGAAGGGCACUACCAGGCCGGGGCCAAGGGGGGGCAGGUGGAGUGGCUCCGGGACCAGGGUCAGGCCUUCCUCCAGGGGGGCUUCCAGGUGAAGGAGAACCAGAUCCUGAUCCCCCGGAGCGGCCUCUACUUCGUCUACAGCCAGGCAUCCUUCCGGAUCGCCUGCGAGGACGGGGAGCAGGCGCGCGUCACCCCGCUCAGCCACCGCGUGUGGCGCUACUCGGACUCCGUGGGGGGCCCGUCCACGCUGAUGAGCGCCGUGCGGUCGGCGUGCCAACGGCCCACGAUCCGCGGCGAGGGGUGGUACAACACCAUCUACCUGGGCGCCGCCUUCCAGCUGCACAAGGGGGACAGGCUGUGGACGGAGACCAACCAGCCGGAGCAACUGGAGUACGAGGGAGGGAAGACCUUCUUUGGAGUGUUUUCCCUGUGACGCCGCCGCGGUAACACUAGCGGCUCUGUAGCUUGAAACUGCCAUUUGAAACUUGUUUUGUGGCUUUAAACGUGUUCUGUAGCUUUAAAUGUGUUUUGUUGCUUUUGAACGUGUUUUAAGCGGGGUUCUGUAGUUAUAAAUGUGUUUCUGUAGUUUUAAAUGUGCCCUGUAGUUUCAAAUGUGUUGCGCAGAUUUAAAUGUGUUCUGUUGCUUUAAAUGUCUUCUGUAGCUUUGAACUUGUUCCGUAGGUUUAAAUGUGUUCUGUAUCUUUAAAUGUGUUCUGUAGCCUUGAACUUGUUCUGUAGGUUUAAAUGUGUUCUGUAUCUUUACAUGUGUUCUGUAUCUUUAAAUGUGGUCUGUAGCUUUGAACGUGUUCCGUAGGUUUAAGCAUAUUCUGUAGCUUUGAAUGUGUUCCAUGUCAUUCCUAUUUGAUAUCUCAGUAGAGAUGGACUGCUUCAACAGACCAUGGCUGAGUAUCUCUCGAACUGCAACAGUUUGCAAUUAUACUGCUUUUCAUGAUUGUACAAAGUACAGAAUGACUCUCUCUAAUACUACUACGAGUACUUACUUCAGAGCUAACAAUCAUUUCGAUAUCUAUUUGUAUUUAUUUGUAUUUAUUAAUGUACAUAUUACACAUAUUAGCUGUAAAUUAACCUUGUAUUUAAUUUGUUUAAUAAUAAUAUUGUUCUUAAAUAAAUGAUUCAAAACAAUGUUUGUGUUUGUGUUUAAUUCUCUGCUUGUGUCCGUGGGUUUGUGUAACUGUGUGGGGUUGAAUAGCUUUUGUGCU